UUUUCGGAAUUUUACUCUACCGAAACUUUAUAUUUUGGAAUUUUGCUCCUUUGGAACUUUGCACUAUCGCAAAUUGAAUUUUCGGAAUCUUGAACUUUGGAACUUUGAGUCGUCGGGUUUCCGACCGAACGAAACUUUCUCGUUUCUCCAAAUUUUGAUUUCCUUUCUUGUAAGUUUCGCUACGAAAUAAUUCGGAAUUAGGCGCUUCCGGAUCUUUUCAAAUUCGGAACUUGCACCCCACCCCCGUCAUUUCAAUCAGAAAAUACCAAAGCUCGGUAAAAUUAUUUCUACGACAUUGUUCCGCCUCCCGAGAGUCUCUGCACUUACAACGUGUAGCCUCCACCUUAAUGACUCCUGCCUCUGAGCACCGGCAGCGGAACCUAGGUGGAAAAAAGCCGCAAAGACCCGCAAGAAAGAUAACGCGAGGAAGCGGCUUCUACACGUGCGCAACAGUGGACGGUGUCGAGAUGCCAGGAGACCGAUCAAGAUGCGGCGGGAGACGUAAACGGAAACGACGCGGUUCCAAACGCCGUCGGAAGAGGGGCUGCGGUCGGCGACGAGGGCGCCGCCGUUCGAGGCGCGGCAGAAGAGGGCGAAAGUCGAAGUCCGGAAGGCGGCGAAGGAAACGGCGUUGCGGUGGAAGACGUCGGCCAGAGGGCGUCGAGGUCGACGAGCUUGGGGGGCGUCGUGGCGAACGGAAACUGCGUGGAAAACCGCGCGGCCAGCCCGCGGCGCAGAGCAAAGACGACAAUACGGAGGGUAGAGACGACAGCAAGACGAGCUCCCAGGUUAGGAUGAACAGCGCCAGCAGCGUCGAGACACGCGGAUCGGCCGCUGACACAGCGAGUGCCUCGCUAAGCGCCAGCGGAAAGGAGAGUCUCAGCGACCAAUCGGACGCUUCCGGAACCUCGGAUGGAACCGCGGGAGAAACCAAACCGUAGAAAUCCGACGCGAAAUGAAAGAAACGCGGAGCGCCGUGGGAGGAAUGAAUUCUGCACACAAUUUUUUUCUGUUCUCUACACAGGUUUAUCGAUCAGCUAAUUUACACUUUUUAUUAUCCUGUACCGUGUCAUGAUUAUUAUACACUCAUUUUUGUAUCUAUAUAUUAUAUAUCUGUCCUUGUCCACUUGAUUGAUUC